UCUAGAAAAACCACAUAAAUAUCUCAAAACCUCACCGAAACCAGAAGUACAAAACUCCAAAACCCACUCACUCUGCGACUGUGAAAUUUUCGAUCAACGCGAAAAAAAAUGGCCAGGAAGUUCUUCGUCGGUGGAAACUGGAAAUGCAAUGGAACCACUGAGGAGGUGAAGAAGAUAGUGUCUACACUUAAUGAAGGCCAAGUGCCUCCCCCAGAUGUUGUGGAGGUUGUGGUAAGCCCUCCAUUCGUGUUUCUUCCGUUGGUAAAAAAUUUGUUGAGGCCUGAUUUCCAUGUUGCGGCACAAAAUUGUUGGGUCAAAAAAGGAGGUGCUUUUACAGGGGAGGUUAGUGCAGAGAUGCUUGUCAAUUUGGGCAUUCCUUGGGUUAUUCUUGGUCAUUCUGAGAGAAGACAAAUCUUAAACGAGACUAAUGAGUUUGUUGGAGAGAAGGUUGCAUAUGCUCUUUCAAAAGGUUUGAAGGUGAUUGCUUGUGUUGGAGAGACUCUUGAGCAGCGAGAAUCUGGAACUACUGUGGAAGUUGUUGCUGCACAAACCAAAGCAAUUGCAGAACGAGUUUCAAAUUGGGCUGAUGUUGUUCUGGCCUAUGAGCCUGUGUGGGCUAUUGGUACUGGAAAGGUUGCAACUCCAGCCCAGGCUCAGGAAGUACAUUUUGAAUUAAGGAAAUGGUUUCAUGCGAACAUCAGUCCUGAAGUUGCUGCUACAAUCCGAAUUAUUUAUGGAGGUUCUGUGAAUGGUGCAAACUCCAAGGAAUUGGCAGUUCAGCCUGAUGUUGAUGGCUUUUUGGUUGGGGGAGCUUCGUUAAAGCCGGAGUUCAUUGACAUUAUCAAGUCUGCUGAGGUUAAGAAAAGUGCCUAAGCUAUUUACCGGGUGUGAGUAGGUGUGAACUUGGAGCUUUCAUAUGGGGAUCUAUAGAAUCCAUGGGAUACAAUUUUACUUCUUGAGAUAAUAAGUUUCGUUUUGCAUUCAGAUCAGCAUCCCUGACUGGAACUGGAUUUUAUGUAUUAAUAAGUACUACUGAGUACUACUUUUUUUGCCUUUCAAAUCCUGUUUAUUAUAUCCAGUAGCUUCGUUCCCUACA